AUGGAAAUUCAUUGCAUAGUGGAAACAAAUAUUCCAGAGAAUAUAUCGGAUCAUAUUGAUCAAAAUCGAUUCAUAUGUAUUCGAUUACGCUUACGAAGUGAUAAUAAUGAAUAUAAUACAUUAUUUAUGCAGAAUUUCUUAUCAGAAUGGGAAAGGAAAAUUUUUGAUCCAAAAAUACGACGUAUCAGAGAAGUGAUAGCUACAAAGAAAAAUUUAAAAUUGAGCAAUUAUAAAACAACAAAACGAAGUAGUACCACUAUUCAACGUUUGCUAACAAAUACGAUAAAUGCAACAAUGUAUAUUCCAUGGAUUCAUGAUUAUAAUAAUGAUUCGGCAUGGAACGAUACGAAUGAUAAUAUAACAUUUCCAAAUAUUACUAUUAUAUCAACAAAAAGCAAAGAUAAAUUGAUUUUUGGCUAUUUUAGGUUAUAUGCUCUGAUAUUGCUAGCAAUUUUGAUUAUACUUUUAUUUGUAAUCACAGUAAUUACAUGCUAUUAUGAUUGUGAAAAUCGUCGAAGCCAUUUGUUGGGUGAUAAAUAUGAUAGCAUCAAAAAGGAUGCUGUACCAAUAGUAGCAGUUAGAUAUGAAGGCAGGCAACCUGAUAUUAUUGAUAAAACUCGAGAUGAUAUAACACAAGAAUCAUCAGUGAAUUCUCGUACACUUCGAAAGCGUCAAUUGCUUAUAGAAGCAUUACGGUCAGGAUCAACAAAAUCUGUUACAUGCAGUGAAUUUGGUAAUAUUUUUAUUUAA